CCCCCCAUCUCCCCGAUGGGGACUCAGAACGGCUUACAUGGGCCCAAGCCUGGACAACAUAUUACAGCAAAAUGAAACCAAAACAUUAUCUUAAAGUUCAUAGUGAUGGGGAAAAUGAUAACUAAUUAAAAUGGAGUGUAAAUAGUCAUAUUUUGGCACCCAGUUCAUGGAUCCCAUAAAACCCAUCAAUGGUUCAAUUAUCAGAUGACCUAAUAUUUCUUGAGACAAUCCAAGUGUCAUUUUGGUAUGCAAAAAAGGUAAACAUCUACUUCCUAGGCAGAGGUUUUCUGUUCAAGGAGAACUGUAAUAACCACCACAGUCUCAACUAUCUAGACCUGUGUAUGACCAUUCUGGUAUCCCUAAAAUCAAAUGUUUCAUUUUUGCAACUAUAGCUCUAUUUCGAGUAUACAUUGCAUUUAUUUUUGGAUUAUUUCAAUCAUCACUGAUAUUUCAUAUGUAAUAGAAUAUAAUUCAACUUUGAUUAUCAAAUAAAUAUUGAAUAAAUGUUUCCAGAAUAUCUGCCAUUAGCAAUUUUAUGUAGUCUUAAUAUCUUCAGGAAUGCCAGAUUGUUGGUUUACUUUUGUAUAAGGAAUUCAAGUUGUUGCUUUUCUUAAAAAUGAAAAAUGACAUGUUAUUUGUAUAGAGAGGCUGCACUGGAAAUUUCCUGUCACCACAAAUAGCCAUACUAAUGUAACUAAAUUUGCUACUUGCUGAUGAUCAUGAGCUGUGAACUAUCUUGAUUUAAUUCUAGCCUCUAAGUGUACAUUGAAAAACAAAGCAAAACAAAACCAAUCCUAUAAUUAGAAUUUGUUGGCACAUUUAUGCGACCUGUUUACUUGUUCAAGCAUAAGCUGGGUCUGGAAAUUGAUAAAGCACUUUGCAGUGAGAGUUGGCAGGGAAGGAUGUUAAAAUCAAAGCCAAUGUGUGGACAACAAAGCUUAAGUGUCUGAAGACAUUAAUUUAAGAAUUUUAGAGUGUAUUUCUAUAGGCAUUGACCUAGGAAAUAACAAAGGAGUUGUGGUAGGCAUGCAUGGGAUAAUGCUGUUAUUCUGUUUAAUUCAAAUGACAAUCUGCUGUGUUUCCCAAAUUAUUAAAUCACAUCUUAUUCCUGUUUGAAUAAAUGGGUGGAUUUUCUUUCCUAACCAAAUAGACUCCACUGGUUUGAAAGCAUAAAUGAAAACGAUGAAGUAAAUUGGAGACCGAUUCCUGUCAUCUAAUAAUCAUGUUUCUUCUAGUUUCCUAAUCAGAACAAAAAAUGAGAGCACCAUUUCAGGAAUCUAGAGGGAAUGAAAGUGAUGAAGAAGAAGAGGAAGAGGAGGAAGAUUAUGAUGGAAAGGUAUUUCUUAAGCCGGUUGUUGAAGAUAAAAACAUGGAACUUGCUAAAAGAUGUACUGAAAUGAUAAGCAAUGUACAUUAUAAAGAAGAAUAUGAAAAAUCUAAAGACAAGUUCACAUUUGUACGUGACACUCCUCAGUUAAUGCAUGUGAAAAAUCUCUCUGCUUUUUUAUCUGAGGCAAAAUAUAAAGCAAACGCAAAGAAAGAACUUUCUAAUUCACUUUACCAGCAGAUGCCAGCUACCAUUGACAGUGUAUUUGCAAAAGAGGUCAUGCAGCUUCAGAGCAAGGUUCACUACAAUAAGAAACACAUUUCUGAAAAGGGAACAUCAAACUAUGCACAAAUGAAGGAGCCUCCAGAUGUUAAGCAUGCCAUGGAAGUUAGCAGAAACCAAAGUAAUGUUUCAUAUAAGAAAGAUCUUCAGGAUACUCAUAAAUUCACUGAAGUUUCAAAGAGACCUGAUAUCGUGAUGGCAACUCAGUUAACAAAGAUAAUAAGCAAUGCUGAAUAUACAAAAGGAAGAAAAGAAAUGAGUAAAGAGCCAAUGGUACUUGGAAGACCAGACUUCGACCAUGCUCAAGAGGUUUCCAAAUAUUUAAGUCAAGUUAAAUACAAAGAGCAAUAUAUUAAGGAUAUGAAAAAGUACUCCUUCAAUCCUCUUGAAAGUGCUUCUUUCAAGCAAGCACAACUUGCAUCAGCCUUGGCAAGCAAUGUAAAAUACAAAAAAGACUUAGAAAACAUGCAUGAGCCAACUUCUGCCUUUCCAAAUCUUUUACAUUUAGAGCAUGUUUUGGCUGCAACUAAGAUCCACAGUAAUUAUGAAUAUAAAAGAAUCUUUGAAAAAAACAAGGGAAUGUACCAUUUUCGACCAGACACAGCAGAACAGCAACACCACAAAGAAAAUGCUGUGCUUCAAAGUCAGGUUAAGUACAAAGAGAAAUAUGAAAAAUCAAAAGGAAAGUCUAUGCUGGAAUUUGUUGAUACGCCAUUAUACCAAGUUUCAAAGGAGGUGCAAAGGAUUCAAAGUGAGAACAUGUAUCGAAAAGAAUUUGAAGAUAAAGUCAAAGGGAAGGCAGCACUGGAUUUAGACAAGACACCAGAAUUUUUGCAUGUGAAACAUAUUACUAAGCUGUUGAAAGAGAAAGAAUACCGAAAAGAUCUGGAAAAUCAAAUAAAAGGCAAAGGAGUUAGGCUCAUUUCAGAAACUCCUGACAUGAAAAGAGCAAAGAAGGCAUCUGAAAUUGUUAGUGAGAAAGAAUAUAAAAAAGAUUUGGAGACUGAAAUUAAAGGAAAAGGAAUGCAGGUUGGCACAGAUACACCUGAAAUUCAGCGAGCUAAAAGAGCAUCUGAAAUUGCAAGCCAGAAAGAAUACAAGAAACAUCUAGAAAUGGAAAUUAAAGGGAAAGGAAUGCAGGUGGGCAUGGAUACCCCUGAUAUACAACGAGCGAAGAAAGCUUAUGAAAUUGCAAGCCAGAAAGAAUAUACGAAGCACCUGGAGACUGAAAUCAAAGGGAAAGGAGUGCAAGUGGGCACAGAUAUCCCAGAGAUACAGCGAGCAAAGAAAGCUUCUGAAAUAGCCAGCCAGAAAAAGUACAAAAAUGAAGCAGAAAAGAUGAUGUGUACCUAUUCUUCUGUGCCUGACACUCCUGAAAUCAAAAGGGUUAAAAACACACAGAAAAAUAUCAGUUCUGUACUUUAUAAGAAGGGGAUAGGUGCUGGCAUACCGCUAAGAGAGACUCCUGAAAUCGAGAGAGUAAAGAAAAAUCAGCAAAAUAUUAGUGCAGUGUGUUACAAAGGACAGCUUGGUAAAGCUACUUCUGUGAGUGUCACCCCUGAGAUGGAGAGAGUUAAGAAGAAUCAAGAAAUUAUCAGCGCGGUCAAGUACAGAAGAGAUCAGCAACAAAUGAAAGGUAGACCUAGUAUGAUUCUAGACACACCUGAGCUAAGGCAUGUCAAAGAGACGCAAAACAACAUUUCAAUGAUCAAGUACCAUGAAGAUUUUGAGAAGACAAAAGGCAGAGGAUUCACUCCAAUAGUGGAUGAUCCUGUAACUGAACGGGUAAGAAGAAAUACCCAGGUGGUUAGUGAUGCUGCUUAUAAAGGAGUUCACCCACACAUAGUGGAAAUGGACAGGAGACCUGGAAUAAUUGUGGACCUCAAAGUUUGGCGCACAGAUCCUGGCUCCAUCUUCGACAUUGACCCUUUGGAAGAUAAUAUUCAGUCUAAGAGUCUCCAUAUGCUUUCGGAAAAAGCAAGGCGUUACAAUAAACAGCAUUUUCAUUCUACCAGUACUUCUGGCGUUGGAGAUGACAAGUCAGAUGGUUCUAUAUUUUCUUAUUCAAGUGAGGUAACAAAGCCAUCUAAUGAAGGAGCCCCUGUGCUUCCUGGGGCAUAUCAACAAAGCCAACCCCAAGGAUAUGGUUACAUGCACCAGACUAGUGUGUCGUCAAUGAGAUCAAUGCAUUCACAGCCACAUUCAGCUAACUUGAGAACAUACAGAGCUAUGUAUGACUAUAGUGCUCAAGAUGAAGAUGAAGUUUCCUUCAGAGAUGGUGACUACAUCAUCAAUGUACAACCAAUUGACGAUGGUUGGAUGUAUGGUACUGUUCAGAGAACUGGGAAAACUGGAAUGCUUCCGGCAAAUUAUAUUGAGUUUGUUAAUUAAUACUUACUAUUAGUCCUCAGUUUUAUUUUGGUUUUAUCUAAUCUUUACAAGAGUAUUUUAAAAACACACCUUCUUUACUUCCCUGUUAAUGUAUCAAUCUAUGUUCAUAUGCUGAAGUCUACAUACACGUCCUCUAAGACAUCCAAGAAGCUCCAAGUUCCAAAAAUAUGCUAGUUAACAUGGUCUGUAAAAAUGAACUCUUGAUGGAAACUGUAAACCUGGUGCUUGUAAUCAUGUAAAGGUUUCUGUCAAUUAGCUCCCAAAUAUAAUUCUGCCUUUACAGUAGGCCGUAUUUCUCAUUAAAGCUAUAAUCACAAAGCAGCAGAUAUUUUUUUAAUGUGUGACUUUGAAAUUGUGAAAGGCUAUAGCUUGCUGUUAAGAUUUGAGCCAUUAAAAACCCAUAUGAACCAAAUUUAUAUAUAUUAUUUUUGUCGUAAUGAAUGAUGUAAUCCAAUGUUGCUUACUACUGCCUGGCAGCCUUAAACAAAAUAUAUCUUGUUCUUAAUGGUGAACAGUUCCUGAUAAACAAUUGUCCAGUCAACUGUAUUUUAUCCAGAAGUUUCUGUUUGCUCUCAUCCAUAGUGCCAGCUCAUGCCAGUCUUCCUAAACCAACUGUUGUGAAUGAUCCACAAGUCAUGAGAUAGCUGUGUUUUUGCACAGCUAAGAGACAAUUUUAGAGUACAUUUGUUAAUUCCUACCUUUUCUAUUUUGUUAAUUCCAACGUUUUUCUAUUUUCCCUUGUACUAAUGCUCUUUAUAUAGAAAUGAUUAUCUUUAAAGCACUUUACAAAUAACAUUUAUCUCUAAUCUUUCCUUCUGACAAGAAUCUUGUCUUGGGAUGUUAUAAUACCAUGUCAUGAAAGCAAAUGAUGAUAUGCUUUACUUGUAACAGUGUAAUGGGUGAUGGAGUUUACAAUAUGAAUGUGAGCUUAGAUUUUGAACUGAAUGGUAAGCAAUGUGAGUUGUCUCCACAAAUGAUUAGUAGAAGAAAAUAUUAUUAGACUUUUAAUCAAUUUCUAUUCUUGUAAAUACAUAACUCAUUGAAUUGUUCAAUAAGUAAAGCAUGGUAGCCAUUUGAGAAAUUUUGCUAUCAUAACAAGAUGAGCAAUGCAAAAAAUGUACUAUUUUGCACAUUUGAAAAGAAGCAUGCAAUUCAUUAGCUUAGUGCUACUGUCUCAACAGCUUGGUUCUAAUCAGCUUUAGAGGAAUAACAAAACCCUUCUGAGAUGUUUGAGACAUUUUAGGACAUGUUGCAUGUGUGGUCCUCAGAAUACUUAUGGCCCUUGAGUAGCUUCCUUGUGGCCUUUGGACUUUCUGAAGCCCCCAAACCCCCCCCCCCCCCAAUGUUUUUUUUCUUCUUGGCCAAAAUGUUUUGCACUUAGACACAUUUUUUGGGUCCUCCAUCUCAAAAAAAGAAAAAAAGAUCCAGGCCAAAUAUGAAUAGAAGCACCCAGAAUAUUAUUUUCUGUCAGAGAACAUUAUGGCUGUGAUGGGCUAUAGUAGCCUAUCUGAAAACCAGAGGUGCCAAAAAUGGUCUUCUAACCACCAGCUUGUGCCCUCCCCAUUUUAGGACUGGAUGAGAACUGAUAUAGCAUAGUUGAUAAAAGAUGGAGGAGAACAAUAUAAGGGAGUGGCUACUCUGUCAAGUAUCUCUGAUAUUGAGGACCUUGUCAGCACAUAGGUGACUGGAGAAGAAAGCAAGAUACAUUUUCCUACUGUUUUCCUUUCCUGUGGUUCUGUCACUAUUUUUCCUUCCAUUCAAAUAAAAGGAAGCAGGAAAUGACCUGUUUCAAUGUCUAUUGUUUCCUAAUGCCAGGGAGGACAUUGCCUGAAGUAGCUUUUAUGUCUAUGGAGCUUUUUGUUUGUGUCUUUGAGGUGGACAUAUCCUCCACCUUACCAUUAACUCUUCUUGGAUGGCUAUUGUCAUGAGUUGUGAAUGAAAAGCCUAAUACAAUUCUUACCUCUCUGACACAAGGCCAAUUGAUAGGUUUCAGUAAGCUGCCCUCAUUCAUGGGAUAAUGAUACUAAGACAUCUGUUUGUAAGAACACAGUAAAAUAAAACAUGAGGCACUGUUUGCAAGUCCUUCUAAAGUAUCUUAUAAAUGUGUUAUUUGGCUGGAUAGACAUUUCCUUCUUCCAAUAGAUGAGCACAUUUUUGAGGAGAUUUCUUUCGUUGGGUGAAGAAAAUCCAUGGACACAAACUAUUAUUCUUAACUCAAUGAACUUUUUCUCAAAUUAUGUAGGACAGAAGUUGGGAAAAAUACUUUUGAGGAAACAUAAAUUUUUUUGAAUGUCUGAAUUCAUUCUUCAGUCUAGAUAAAUUUCCAAUCCUAAUGAGUAAUGCAUAAAAGUAAAUUUAUUCAGAUACUUUCCUUAUUUCUUAUGCACAAAUUAAUCUUUAUGAAUGUCACUGAUUUCUUUUAUAAAUGUAUAAUGUCUCAAGAGUUCUGAUACGGAAAUACCUUAUUUUCCUACCAACUCUGUUCAAGUGUUGCCAUUUGUGAUCAUUUGUCUCUUAUUUUUCUCUGUUAAAAAGGAAUGUUUUUUAAAGAAUUAAAUUCAGGCAGGGAAAUGUAAACCCAAAAAAGAUUGGUACAUAUAUUUGCAUAUAAGGGCUAGAACAGCUGCUGCUAAUUGAAUGAAUUUCUGAAAUCAGGGGUUAAAUGGCCUGGGUCCAUUAUAGUGGGUCCAUUUUUGUACAUUGUACUUUUUAUUGUCUAAAGAAAGUAUAACCUAACUGCUUUUAAAAAAGACGCAUUCUCAAAAACCAGAGUGAUAUUUCAUGAUUAUUUUAGUAAUUAUUAAGGGUGGUAUGAUGUUUUAAACAUGCUAAGUCACUUGUAAGUGCAAAGAUUAAAGACUUCCUCUGCAGUGAAUUAUUCAUUUCUAUUAUUCUGUUUUAUCUAUCAGGGGAAAUAAAUAUCUAUCCAGAAGAUUAGUAGCCAUUUUGUCUCUUGGCCAUCUUUCUGCAAUUUCUACCAUUGGACUCACCCAGUUUAGGGCAUUUUAGUGUGAGCUGGACUAGCAGGGAAAUCAAAUCAAUGGUAAUAAGAGUCUAGUGGCUCAUUCACUUGUCCUGAGUUGAGACAGAACAAAAUUCUCAUGUGACCAUACUACUUCAAUUUACAUGUAGGGAAUGGCUUUGAAUUUGCCUUUGCCACUUCAGUCUAUGGCAUCAAAAAGUGCCAUGAAAGACAAAUGUAAACUGUUAUUUGCAUUGCCACCUCAUUAUUUUUUUACUUUGUAAAUAGCAUCUGAGGAGAAGCCUAGAAAGUCUUGGAAGCGAGGGAAAUAGAAGGCAAAGGGAAGUUUAACUCUUUUAUCUCCUUGUACAGUUCUAGCAGAAAUCUCAUCUCUGAACCAGCAAUUUUCAUUUUGAAGGAGCCUUCCAUUGGUACCAUUUCUCACAGCCAUUUCCAGAAGCCCCAAGAAUAAUUUCCAUUUCUCUGGCUAUGUUAAACAUUUCAUAUACUUCUCUCGUGAACCUUAAUGUUCUCAAGCAAUGAAGUAAUAAUGGCAAUCUUUGGGAUUUGCAUUAUAAAAAACCCAAGCAAUGCUACAGAGUGAGCGUUGGACUGGAGGGAAGUACAGUAAUUGGAUUCACAUUGUUCAGAAUAAAAGAAAGAAUAUGAAUUUCACAACUGGUACAUGAAAAAUACUGAUGUAUAUAUGAUAUUUUGGCUCUUUCAUCCUCAAUAUUGUCUCUGGCUAUUGGUAACGUUUUGCCUUUAAAAAUGAGAAGUGCUUAUUUCCAGAAACAAUAUCUGAAAUCAUAUAUAAGUUAUCACAUUUGGUAACUGUGACACAUAUUCCUUGUAGUGAUGGUUGACAUGCAAUUACCAUUCUGCAAUAGAAUAGGAAUGGUGAUUUACCAUGAUAUGGUUGUAACUAAGACCUAUUAAGGUUUAAGUGUUUUCAAUUAACAGCCUACUGUUAACUGUUAGAUUAGCUCUGGUUAAAAAUUGAUAGCAUGCUGGAAUCUGUCAGUGACCCAGAACUUUGACUAUUUACUAGAUAGAACAGAGCCAAUAGUUUUUGCUAGGAAAUGCAAAGAUGCCAAAUUAAAAUGAUGAAAUAUUGUACAACGCCUUCUUUAAUCCUCCUCUAUUUGGUUCUCCAGUAUUUCUUCAGUUCAUAAUCUAGGAUCCAAAGCAAUGGCAUGUAUAAAGAGAUGAGACUAGUGUGUAUUAGUCAGAGCUUCAUUUGCUCUUGCUGUAUAUGUAAGGGUAUAUACACACAAACACAAAUUCAAACAAGAGAUUUGUACAUUUCAGUUUCAGAUUUCUUUUUCUAGGUGGCAAUGCAGCUUCCACCUGUUUAUAAUGGAGCACAUAUUUUUGAUGCUGAAAGUUACAGGUCCAGUCCUUGGUUUGUUUUUACUUUCUGUGCUUUCAUUUCAGACUUGUGGUGACACUAAAGUGAACCUAUCUUUGGGUUUUCUUGUCAAGAUUUGAUCUGAGGAAGGUUGCCUUUGCCUUCCUCUGAGAUUGUGAUUUGCCCGAGGUCAUCCAGUGGAUUUCUAUGACCAAACAGGGAUUCAAACUCUAGUUCCAAAGUCACAGUCCUGUAUUCAACACACUAUACUUGAGAUCCAACUGAAAGCCCUUAGAAUUUUUGCCAGAUCAGUUCAAUGUCUUUAGCUAGACAGUGCUAUACUGCUACAGGGUUUCAUUUUCAUUGGAUGAGGUAUUUCCAACAUAUCUAUGUAUCAACAAACUGCUGGGAAUGUUAGGAAGUAGUAGGCUAUUUAGAGGCUGUGUAUCACUUAAUUCUGCACCAUAUCUGCAAGGUUUAAUUCUUGUAGUUUACUUUUUGGCUAACUCUAGCUAACAAUUCUCAGAUUUCUGUCUGUUUACCCAUAAUCCCAAAUUUGAACUGUGAACUUGUUUCAAUCUCAUCCCCAAACUCUAGUGAUGACUCAAGCCAAACAUUUGAUUAACACAAGUGGCUUAAUUGUUCAGGAUUAUUGUUAGAAGAGCAAAAGAAGAGGCAUUUGCCCCUCAGUUUUUUUUUCUAGCUGCAUAUCUUAAAUCAGUGGUGGGGAAAACUGGGUUCCUCCUGAUACUGUGGACUACAGAUUUUACAUUCACUUACCAUUGACUGUACUGUGUAAAUGAUUGCAGUUGUAGGCUAAAAGACAAGAUAAGUAAAAAUUCCACAUAUUUAAGAUUUAAGUGAAUAUAAUGCUGUUCUCUUGGCUUCAUUGCAGACCACAUAGGCUUCCAUUCCCAUAUUCUGUUCAAAUACCAACGUUCUUCGUUGGUAUUCUUGUUCUCAUAGGGAUUGCCCCUAAACAGAUUGGGGGAUUGCAUAGUCCUUCAGAUGUAGUUGGAUUGCAGUUUUCAUCAGUCCUACCACCAUAACCAAAUGCUAGGAGUUGCAGUACAACAAUAUUUGGAAGGAGACACAAUUUCCACCCUUGCCAUUAAGCCCCUUUAAAAUGUAUAAUUGCUGUUUUAGCUAAGCAGAAAAAAUGAUAAACAAAUCAAACCAUAUUUAAUGAAGAAGAGCAUACAAAACUUUGGCUAAGCACACGGGUCUCUCUGAAGCAUGCAUGUUCUUGAUUUGGAUCCAAAAUAUUAAGUCUAUGAGAAGUACAAUAUUGGAAUCCCUGUGGAGAUAGGAAUCCCUGUGGAGAACUGGAGUUAUUUUUCUUCUUCUAGGUUUACAUGUACUUCAUUGGGACAUUCAAAGGAUUUUUCAUAUGCCUUUUGCAUCUGUUGAACAGAAAUUGUAUAUUGUGUAUGUAUGAUAUAAUCAAGUUACUACAUACCGAAACAUAUUAUUUUAGUGAUGUCAUUAUGUUACCUAGUGUAUUAUUACAUUCUGCAUACAUUACAAAGUACAAUUUGCUAAAGCAGCAGAAAUCUUUCUUAUUUACUGUAUUUGUUUAGCAUGAUGUGGAACUCAUCUACUGGUUUUUGCAAUUUAUAAAUAGCAAAAAUUUAAAUACAUUAUGUGCUGUAGUUUGAUGUAUAUUUUGCUUAAAAAUCCAUAUUCCUAAAUAAUUUGCAUAACUGUACUUUUCUUUGGAAGUCUGAAAUCAUGAUGUGAACAUUGUUGCCCAUUGGGGGAAAGAAUUUCAAUGGAUUGUACCAUAUGACAUAGUUUAGCUUUUGUUUUGCAAAUGGAUAACACCAGCUAUUAAAGCAUAUUUUAUGAUAAAUGCUUUAAAUCCUGUUUAUCCCCCUGUACACUGUGAAUCUUGAUGCCUCAGUGGACUAAAGUGACAUUCUGCUGCCUGAAGUACUAACCUAUGCAACCUCAUUCACAUUUUGGUUGAUGUCAAGUAGUUGUAAAAAUUUACGUACUCAUCGUAACAUACAAUGGCACUGAAAUAAAAUAUUAAAGUUACAUUUAA